UACCGUGACAAGUACAAAUCAAUGUGGAUCCGGACAUACUCUACUGUUUGGAUGAUUGGGGGUUUUGCAUUGAUUGUCUACAUGGGUCAUCUCUAUAUUACAGCUAUGGUGGUGGUGAUCCAAAUAUUUAUGGCGAGAGAACUAUUUAAUCUACUCAGGAAAGCACAUGAAGAUAGGCACCUUCCAGGAUUUAGGCUAUUAAAUUUGCACUUCUUCUUCACUGCAAUGUUAUUUGUAUAUGGUCGCCUUCUCAAUCAACCACUAGUCAAUUCUGUAACCCCGGACAAGUAUUUGUAUCAGUUUGCCAGCAGCCUUAUCAAGCAUCAAAUGGCUAUCUGUUACUUCUUGUACAUUGCAGGUUUUAUGUGGUUUAUUCUUACAUUGAAGAAGAACAUGUACAAGUAUCAGUUUCGCCAGUAUGCAUGGACGCACAUGAUUCUGAUUGUGGUAUUCACACAGUCAUCCUUUACUGUGGCCAACAUCUUUGAAGGAAUUUUUUGGUUUCUUCUUCCAGCAUCACUUAUUGUUAUCAACGACAUUUUUGCUUAUAUUGUUGGGUUCUUCUUUGGAAGAACACCAUUAAUCAAAUUAUCUCCAAAGAAAACAUGGGAGGGAUUUAUUGGAGCUUCAGUUACAACUAUGAUCUCUGCAUUUGUGCUUGCAAAUAUCUUGGGUCGUUUCCAGUGGCUAACCUGUCCAAGGAAGGAUUUAUCAACUGGUUGGCUUCAAUGUGACCCAGGUCCUUUGUUUAAGCCAGAAUAUUAUACUUUACCAGGAUGGAUUCGUCAACUGUUACCUUGGCAAGAGAUCUCUAUUUUGCCAGUUCAGUGGCAUGCUUUAUGCCUUGGUUUGUUUGCAUCAAUCGUAGCACCUUUCGGGGGCUUUUUUGCAAGUGGUUUCAAAAGAGCUUUUAAAAUCAAGGACUUUGGAGAUAGCAUUCCCGGGCAUGGUGGAAUUACAGAUAGAAUGGAUUGGCAGAUGGUGAUGGCGGUGUUUGCAUACAUCUAUCACCAGUCAUUCAUUGUGUGCCAAGGCAUCUCGAUUGAAAUGAUCUUGGACCAGAUCUUGACGAAACUUACUUUCGAGGAGCAGCAAAACCUUCUCGUAAAGCUCGGGCAUAUCUUGCAGGAAAGACUGGGACAUCCUUAAAUAUGUGGCUGAUGCAGCCUAUCGUCUCGUUCCUUUCCCGAGCAUGUACGAAUACAUGGUUUCGAAAAUGAUUUUGUAUAUGGUGUUGCUAUCCUGGUCUCCAUUUGCUUUAGAUAGAGGUAUUCUUUGUUUUCACUUU